GAGAAAAAGUGGGAGUACCUGAAGAAGCGGACGGAGCUCAUGACCCAGGCCACGUCGAGGGAGGUGGAGCAAGCCCAGGCGAACCCGAACAUGACGGAGGUCAAGUGGCUGGGAGAGGCUAUACGCAGCUACGCACGUGCCCUGCACUCCCUUCGGAGGCGACGGAAUAAGGAGAGGCAGCAGUACACGGAGGCCGAGCUGAAGGAGGCAUGGCGCAUCCGCGACAUGCAUAUGGUCCCGAGACUGGCCCGAUCACUAGCGAGAACGGGGAUUGGGGUAAGCAUUCGGAAUUAUGGCGCCCAUGCUACGUGCAACCCAACGGCUGAUGAGUGGGCGGAGUACUUGAGUCGGUCGGCCUUGGAUGGUGGCCUCGUGGGACGGAGAGUCAUGGCGCCACUGUGCCACAAGUUGACAGAGGAGUACUACACAGCGCUGCGUAACACGGAUGAGUACGCCACCCCAGACAAUUACGACGUGACGAAGGCGCACUUGAAGAGCGCCCAGAAGGAUUUCAUGAUGACGCUGAAGGCCUUGCGUCGCACCAAGAUUGGAACGUCUGCCCCAUCUUGGUCGUGCCCGUCGGAGAUCUUCAAAGUCCUGACAGCGCCAUCAUGGAUCAGCUCCCCCUCGGAGUACGUGAAGAAACCAGCUGGUCUCGGCUCUCGUCCCGCGUUCCAUGUGGGCACCGGCCCGCGGGAGCCAGGCCCUUGCAAGAACGAGCAGCUGGUCCACCUCGAGGGCCGUCGCCGCGAACACUUGAUGCUGGCGACGAGAAUAGUGGCAUUGAAGGGGCGCAACGCUGGCCAGCCAAUGCUGCACGAGAGCUACGACGCCACCAACGCCUUCGGCUGCGGCGACAAGCAGCAGAUCGAGCAGGGCGUCCGCAUCCGCCUGGAGGCGGCAGCCGAAGAGGUCUCGGAGGAAGAUGUGGAGCCCGUCACGGCCAUCUCCCAGAAGGGGAGGCAGGCGCUGACGGUUAUCGUCCCAGGUGCGGACAAAGAGGCGGCGAUCAAUAGCGGCACGGGGGGCUUCAUGGGCGACGCCUCCGAGCCCGAGCUCUUUAUGUUCAAUUACCACAUAGCGGUCCAGAAGUGGGCAUUGGUAGACCAGGCGGCGACGGCGGGAGCGAUGCUGAUCGACUUCGGCCCCCGCCUACCGACGAUCGACGCGAGCCUGGGCUGCUUCGUGGACGACAUCUUCAAGACGCAGUUGGUUUCGUCAGAUAUUCGCAAGGCCGAGGAAGUGGUGGCCUGCUCCGAGAGGAAUGACGUAGGCCUGGAUCAAGCACUGGCGACACGUAAGUAUGGACCGAACAGGUCAAAGCAGGAUGUGGUGGUAUGCCUGGUAUCCAGACGGCUGGUCCGACAAAGUAUCGCAGCGCUCGCGCGCAGCGGGUGUAGAAGUGGCUAUGAGUUGAAGCACCUGGGGGCCUGGUUCAACGCGGUGGGGUCGAACUCUACCGAGCUGAAGGCGCGACUGGCGGCGAUCAACAAGGGCUGGAUGAUGGUCCAGGGCCUCUGGUGCGCGGCGGCCCCCAAGCGCGUGAAGCGGCUGAUGUUCAUAUCGUUGGUGAGCGGGGCGGCGCUGUCGGGCACAGCGGAGCCCUUUUCGCUGGCAUGGGGGGGCCGCUCGCUGAGGGACCUGCUGUGGGACGAGGAGGUGAACGGCCUCUUUGUCUCCCUUGGCCCGGGGUGCUUGCGGAGCGCCUUCGCUGCUGUGCAGUGG